GUAUCUUGAAUGGCAUUCAAAGGGAUUCGAUUAUCUGGUGUGUCGAUUCUGUGUUUUUGGACUAUUUCCAUGUUUCGAAUAAUAAUUAUUGAUGUUUGCAUUUGAGAUGCAAAUGUUGAGUAAACGUCCUCGAAAUGCGCAUCAUUUAAAAGCGUGUGAUGUCAUGAAUUAAGCGUCAGUGAGGUGUAGGAUUUUUGAGAAGAUGUGUCCUUUACUGAUUGCCACAUUAUACUUCAUACUUCAGUACACUGCACCUGCAAAUUCAAGCGAAGUGGGCCACUACAUCAUAUUGGUACCUACUGUAAUCCAUGACCACUCCAAGGUGUCGAUCGGCCUGUCUACUGUAGGUUAUGAGGAGAACAAGCAAUUUCAAGUGAUACUGAAAAAGGAGCAGUAUGAUGAUAAAGAAGGAGAAGUUGUAAAUGAGAAACAUCGUCAAAGUAGUGAUACGCGACUAGUUCAAUUUACGGUUUCAUCACUUGAUAAUGAACCUUAUCAGUUUUUAAUACACGAUCCCGAUGGAAGUGUUCAGACAACUCAUGUGGAAGUCUCAAAACGACCAGUUUUUAUUUUUAUACAGACCGAUAAACCUCUGUACAAGCCAGGAGACACGGUCAAAUUCCGUGUGCUAGUUCUUAAUCAUUUGACGCGACCCAUCGACUCUUUGAAAGUUAUCAAUGUUCAGCUCAAGGAUAGCAACAGCGAUCUAAUAAGACAAUGGCAUUAUGCACGACUCCAAAAGGGAGUAUUUCAAUCGCAGAUAGAUCUCGCAAAUUUCGUACCUCUCGGUAACUGGACGCUCAAAGUUUCGGCACUAAAUGGUAUUGAAGAAACGAAAACGUUUAACGUAGCUGAAUAUGUUCUUCCACUACACGAAAUACAUAUUACUGCCUCGAAACAAGUCCAAAUGAAUGACGAAAUACUGAAGCUGAUUAUAGAUGCAAAAUAUACAUUUGGCAAACCAAUCAUAGGUUAUGUGACUUUAGCUUUCAACGAACUUAAUUACCCUGACAUGUAUGAGAUUAAUGGACGAGCUGUGAUUAGCAUUCCCUUGAGUGAUAUAGUUGACACGGAUGUUGGCGAUGAUGUGUACCACCUUAAUGUCCAGGUCAAAAUUGAAGAAGAUGAAUCCGAACAAAUCUACGAAGCAAGUGAAACAAUUCCAAUCCACAAAAGAUCUUAUAAAAUAACGCUACGGAAAUCUUCAGAAUAUCUGCUAGAAGAAGAAUCAAUAUGGUGUUGGCUAACGAUAACUAAUCCUGAUGGUAUGCCUCUAACGAAUCGGAACGUGAUGACAGUGAAGGUCACUGAGAUGUUAGGAUCCCGGUCCAACAAGCAUUACAGUUUUCAAAAGGAACCAGAUGAUGAGGGUGUUGUAAGCCUGAAAAUAGAUUCGUCAAAUACGACCGAUCGACUCGAGUUGGAAGUCACGUAUGAAGGGGAAACUACUAAAUUUGAAAUUCUACACGGAUCAGAUAAUAAUAACACGCGCAACGAUUUUAUCAAAGCUUCCCUGCUUGUUCAGAAACCCAUGUUGAAACAUCCAGUUGAAGUUUUAGUGCAAAGUUCGUUUCGUAUGAAUCUAGUUAUAUACUACGUGAUAUCACAAGGAGAAAUAUUGGCCAGUGGGAGGAUUUCCGUGAACUUUAAACGAACUGCAACUUUUAGUUAUUUAGCUACCUUCCCCAUGGUACCGGAAGCCAGUCUAGUCGUUUUUACUAUAAACGAUGCAAUGUUGUGGAAAGACAUUGUUAGAUUCAAAGUGCAUGAAUUGGACAAUUUCGUUGACAUAGAAAUAUCCAGCAACAGCGCAGAGCCACGUGCCCAAAUUUUUUUGGAGGUAAAAUCGAAUCCAGGGUCAACGAUAGGUCUGCUGGCAGUCGACAGAAGUUUGCUCCAACUCGGUACUGGGAAUGACAUCACUCAACAGAUUGUGCUUGAAAAGCUCGGUAAACCAAAGAUUGAUGAAGAUGUUGAACUGGAGCGUUUAGGUUUUACCGUAUUGACAAAUGCAAAAAGCCAUUUCAUGGCGAGCCCGCUGGGAAGCUCACCUCACCUGCUGACCCAACGGUUUGGUGAUGAUGAAGAGCUUCACUUAGGCCAAGAUAUGCAAGCAGACCAUGGAACUCGUAUUCUUCGAAAGAAUUUUCCUGAGACCUGGCUUUGGACGGAAAUGAUAGAAGUGGAUGACAAGGGACACGUGGAUAUCACAGACAUCAUACCAGACACCAUGACCAGUUGGUCAAUCAGUGCCUUUGCAAUCAACACGAAUCAUGGGCUGGGAGUAGUAAAAAAUCCGGUUGCUUUAACUGUGCUUAAACCCUUCUUCGUCACCGUUAAUCUACCGUAUUCAAUUGUAAAAACGGAACAAGCAGUCGUUGAAGUAUUCGUACAUAAUUAUUUGAACCAAGCUCAGCACGUCACGGUACGAGUACAGAACGCACAAAAAGAUUUCAUUCAUUCGGACCUGGAAGUUUCAAAAACAGUUUUCGCACCGAGUAACAGCGUUAAAACAGUGACAUUUGCAUUGAAACCUAAGCGAUCUGGGAACCUUACAGUUACAAUAUUAGCCGAUUGCUCCUUAGCGACAGAUGCCAUACAACGUAACCUCCGAGUGACGCCUGGUGGAUUGCAAUACUUUGAAAAUUCUGCACGAUUCAUUGAAGUUCAGAACUCAUCGAUGUCGUUCGAUCCUAUCAAGUUGGUAAUACCGAGAACUGCAACGUAUGGAUCGGUAUCAAUUACUUUCUCAGUCGAGGGAUUUUUGCUAGGAGCAGCUCUGACUAAUCUCGAUCAUAUAAUUCGAUUGCCAUCUGGCUGUGGUGAACAGAACAUGCUCAAUUUGGUGCCAAGUGUGAUUGCUUUGGAAUACAUGGACAACACUGACACACUGACCUACGGUAUCAAAGCCAAAGCCAUCGAUUAUCUGCAGAAAGGCUACCAGAAUCAACUCAAGUACAAGCUAAGAGAUGGAUCCUUUAGCGUCUUUGGUCAAUCUGACGGUCGCGGAAGUGUAUUUUUGACUGCACUAGUAGCGAAAGUAUUCACAUUCGCUAAAAGACAUAUAACAAUCGACAAUUAUGUUAUAGAGAAGGCCUUUAAUUGGCUUCGGGAAAGGCAAUUAAGUGAUGGACGCUUCGUAGAAUCUGGACGAAUAUACUACAAAGAGUUACAAAGUGGUGUGCAAGAUGGCACAACAUUGACGGCUUACACUUUAAUAGCCUUUCUGGAACAUAAAUCACUUACUCAGAAAUACUUGUCAGUUGUAAAUAAAGGCACAGAAUACAUUGCCAAAACGUACAGAUUUGAUGGAAAUCCAUAUAGUCUUGCUUUAAUUGCAUACGUACUCCAGCUUGCAGGUCAUCCAAGAAAACAUUAUUUUUUCGAUAAGCUUGUAGAGCUCUCAAAGAUUAAUGAGGAUAGAACUAUGCGUUGGUGGGGAAGUGGGUCCACCAGUAUCGAGACCACGGCUUAUGUCCUGCUGACCUACAUGAGUAGAGGAUCGUACAUUGAUGCUAAAUCGAUCAUGAGAUGGAUGGUGUCACAAAGAUAUGACAAAGGAGGGUACAGUAACACUCAGAAUACGUUUGUAGGUCUCCAAGCACUGGGAAAAUACUCGCGUGUCAUGUCUUUGUCGAAUCAAAAUUACGAUGUCUUCGUAAAUUACGAUAGCGAACGCCAACGGCUGCACAUGAAUUCUACGACUUCUCUAGUUGGACAUAAAUUUAAUAUACCGUCAGAUGUACGACAAGUCAAAGUAGACGUUGAAGGCACCGGUGCUGGAGUAUUUCAGAUAGCACACAAAUAUAACAAUAUUGCUCAUGACAGUGUGCCACGAUUUAAAAUAGAAAAAACAUUGUUCAAAAUCCGUUCUGACGGUGUUGCCAAUAUGACAAUUCAGGCCAUUUACCGACCGAAAAAAGAUUUUGAAGAAACUAACAUGGUCAUGAUCGAAGUUAUGUUUCCAAACGGUUACGUUGUAACAAAUAGCCAACUGAAGCAACUCGAAAAAAACAACCAAAUUCGACGGUCAGAAACUGCAGAUGGGGACACCAGGUUGAUUCUAUAUUUGGAUCCGAUGCGGCCAAACAAUCCCGUCUAUGUUGAUGUGGAAGCAUUUCGGAAAUCAACUGUUCUAAACCAGGCUCCGGGAUGGAUCAAGGUUUACGACUAUUAUGAUCCCACACGGGAAGCCAUCGAAUAUUUCGAUCCCAUUUCCAACUAAAAUAUUUCAAAGGCUUACCAGAAGCAUUCAGUAUAAUUUUGAAACAUGUAAUGCAUUUACGAAAGGUGUUAAGCAUUGGCGUAGGAACAGGGAGGCCAGUUCGCCCCAGAAUUUUGUAUGAUAAUAAGUAUAAAAGUUUAACACAAAAAAACACGAUUCUUACGCGAAAAAAUGUUCUGAAUGAAUUAA